AUGGAGGCAGCGAGGGCUUGUACCCCCCGCUCCCACUGCUGGUCCCUGGGGCUGGCCCCGGGGGCCAGCCGGGAGCGGGGAUGCAGGGAGGCAGGCAGCUGGGGUAAUCCCUGUUGUUGUCUCUCCCCCAGGUACGCCAUGGCACUCUCUAACAACCACAUCUGCCCCGUCCACAACUGGAAUUACAACCAGUCAUGCGGCAUGGACGGCCCUGGCUCCUGCUGCACGUUGGACCACAUCCCCCUCGUCAGCAAGUGUGGCACCCUGCCUCCCGAGAGCUGCUUCUUCAGCCUCAUCUGCAGCCUGGGCUCCUUCAUGGUCAUCCUGGUGGGGCUGCUGCGCUACGCCCACCUCCUGGAGCGCCUCGGGCCCUCCCUCCUCAACCCCCUGGGGCUGGCCACCGGCUGGGGCCGCGCUGCCGGCCUCACCAUGGUCGGCAACUUCCAGGUGGAUCAUGCCAAGGUGCUGCACUACAUUGGGGCAGGGGUGGCCUUUCCCACCAGCAUGCUGUUCCUGCUCCUGCAGUCCAUCCUCACCUACCGCAUGGCCAAAACCCGCGGGCAGUACUGGACCGGCCACUUACGUAGCAUCCUUGCCGCUGUGGCCUUCCUCACCCUCGUCUUCAGCGGUGUGUUCUUCAUCCAGGAGAGCUUCGUGCUGCAGCACGUGGCCGCCCUGUGUGAGUGGAUGUUCAUCAUCGAUGUCCUGGUCUUCUACGGCACCUUCACCUUUGAGUUUGGGGCCAUCUCCACAGACACCUUCCUGAAAAAAAAACGGGCCCCCAAUUACAAAGGCGAGAGUGGCGUGUCCAGCACAGCCCACAUCCACAGCCAUGCGGAGGGCCUGGCUAUGGCCUGACCCGCAGGGGAGGCAGGCUCAUGGUGGGGACCCCCAAAUUGGGCUCUAC